CAGAAAAAUAACGCUAUGUCCUUUAUUUGCAACUGGUGUGAACUGAAGGAGUUUCGUCAACUACAGUGGCUCAAAAUGUUUUGUAUACAAGCAUUACUCUUUUGUAUCUACUUCGCAAAAUCAACCUUCUCAUCCUGGACAACUGGCCCAAACUUAGGGAGCAACAAUUCAAACUAUGACUUAUUUUUUACAAGCUCCAGACCACGGUAUGGCUACCACAACCAAAGAUCUUGUCAAAUCUUUAAAUACAACGAUGAGGGGACGGAAGAAACGCUGCAGAUGAUUCGCAAAUCUCUGCGCUCCCCCAACCUGGACAUCCAGGGCUCACAUUUUGACAAAGACUUACCCCACAUCUUUGUCACAUUUGGGGCUUCUGGAGAUUUGGCAAGGAAGAAAACAUACGCAACAUUAUGGCUGUUAUUCAGAGACAAGCUUCUUCCUAACAAAAUUAUCUUCUACGGUUAUGCAAGAUCAAAUCUCACAGUGGAAGAAUUAAGGAAGAAAUGUGAACCCUACAUGUCGGUAAAACCAGAAGAAAAAGACAGAUAUGAAGAGUUUUGGAAGCUCAACCACUACUUUAAGGGUAGUUACGACAACCGGAAGGAUUUUGAAAUGUUCAAUCAAACCCUCAUGAAGCAUGAACCCACAAGUGGGGUUGCUCACAGACUUUUUUACCUGGCCCUUCCACCCUCAGUGUUUGAGAAUGUCACAGUACACCUCAGAAACUGCUGUAUGGCGUCCAGAGGUUGGACAAGAGUAAUCAUAGAGAAGCCUUUUGGAAGAGAUUCUGCAAGCUCAGAAAAAUUGUCCAGUCAUCUGUCAUCAUUGUUCAAGGAAGAACAAAUUUACCGUAUUGACCAUUACCUUGGUAAAGAGAUGGUGCAAAACCUCAUGACUCUCAGGUUUGGAAAUAGAAUAUUCAGCCCAACAUGGAAUAGAGAGUGUAUUGCAUCUGUCCAAAUAACCUUCAAAGAACCAUUCGGCACUCAAGGAAGAGGUGGAUACUUUGAUGAGUUUGGAAUAAUCAGAGAUGUCAUGCAGAACCAUCUUUUGCAAAUCCUCAGCUUGGUUGCCAUGGAGAAACCAGCAUCAAUCCAUCCAGAUGACAUAAGAAAUGAAAAGGUAAAAGUGUUGAAGUGCAUCCCAGCAUUGAGUUUGGAUGAUGUAGUCCUGGGUCAAUACAUAGGCGACCCUGAUGGAAAAGGAGAAGCUAAAGAAGGCUACUUGGAUGACCCAACUGUCCCCAAAGACUCCACUACUCCCACCUACGCUAUGGCCGUUCUGCACAUCAAGAAUGAACGGUGGGACGAUGUUCCGUUUAUUCUUCGAUGUGGUAAAGCUCUCAAUGAGCGUAAAGCAGAGGUCCGCAUCCAAUAUAACGAUGUUCCCGGUGAUAUCUUUGAUGGAAAGACCAAGAGGAAUGAGUUGGUCAUCAGAGUCCAGCCUGGUGAAGCUGUGUAUAUCAAAAUGAUGACCAAAACUCCAGGAAUGACCUUUGACAUGGAGGAAACUGAACUUGACCUUACCUAUGGCAGUAGAUAUCGGGGAGCAAGGUUGCCUGAUGCUUAUGAAAGACUUAUCCUUGACGUCUUCUGUGGCACUCAGAUGCACUUUGUUCGUUCGGAUGAACUUUCCGAAGCCUGGAGAAUCUUCACUCCAUUAUUGCACAAAAUCGAAAAUGAAAAGAUCAAACCUCUACCCUACAAAUAUGGAUCUCGAGGACCUGAACAAAGCAAUGACUUCUUGAAAAAAGCCAACUUUAAGUACUACGGGUCGUACAAGUGGGUAGAACCCACCGUCAAGACAUAGGAAACUGCCUUGGAAACCGAACAACACUGCACUUCUUGUACAAACGUUGAAUACUCUUAGGUUUAGAGGUGACUGAUUCGGGACAAGGGACCAACUAUCAUUCCAGUUUUUUAGCUUUUGCAAUCUUUUUGCUCAAUUUCUACCUAAAGCAAUAUUUUUAUUUAAGCUGCAAGCAUUCCUCGGGUUAGACUCAAGCCUGCAAGAUACUUUUUAAAAGUAGAUUAUUUAUUGUAACUUUAAGAUAUUUUAUACUGUGAGUUAUUGGCUUAUUUAUUAAUUUUAUUUAUACCUGAGUGAGAUAAUAAUAUAUUAUUUUCUGUUGGUCA